AUGGCCGACCGACACAACUCGAGUUCUGUGGCAGUCUUCAAAAGUGUGCGCUACCUGGGCUCAUUUCCCACCGAGUCUACCACAGGCGAGGGUCUUCUGGCUGAUGAUGUGGCGAGCGCUCUCCUUGAGCGCCGCAAGGUUGUCAAGCUCGGCAUCGGGGCGCGGAUGGCGCGGUGGCGCGUCAAUGGUGCAGAGGCGGCACCAGAAGCACCCGCGGGCACCGUCUUGACGGCCAAUGCCACCAUGGCUGACGCGCACUUCCUAGGACAAAUGACCUGCCUGUCGGCAGAUAUUCCUCAUGCCGUGACAAAAGCCUAUGCCAAGCUCUCUAGUCGCUACCAGAGCAUGCAACAGCGCGCUGCUGAGGCCCGAGGCAACGCGGCAACCUCUGAAGAAUAUGGCAGUCCCAUCCAUUUGGUCGUGAACGCACAGGGUGCUCGAGCCUUGGAUUUGCGCACCCGCAUGGUGCGCGCCAGCAUAGCACUUCCCGUGCUCGUGGGCCACCACUGCUUUCAUGUGAAUGGGGACGCGCCGCAGCAAGACUCCAUGACAAGGGCGGGUGAUGAGCAUGAGCCCGUAGUGCUGGGCAUUGUGGAGCGCAAUUCUCAGGUCGACCACAGCGUAUGUCACAUUUUUCGGCUAGCUCGAGGUGCGGCCGAUGCACUUCUGGAGCAGUUGAGGCGCGUGCGUUUAUUGCAGGAGGAGAACGAGGGCAACCCGCUCGUGGCGGGACGCGACGCCCCUGAAGACGUCGCCGCCGUACCGCCCACAUUAUUGGCGCGUGAGGUGGAUCGACUCUUUGUGACACCCGUCACCUCGUUGGGCAUGGGGCGCUUUGGAGGAUGUCACCUCGUAGCCGUGCUCAACUCACUGCUGGACGAUCGGCACUUGGACGCCGAAGAGGUGUCUGUGGCUAAUCUUGAGUAUGAGCUGGCCACGGCCACGGUGAUGGCCCUCGAGCCUGGCAAGCUGGAACAGGAUCUGGCCUUGCGUCACUGCUCGAUGUUGUUGCAGCUGGAUCACCCCAACAUCCCACGCCUGCUGGGCGUGAGUCUCCUUCAGCGACCGUGGCUCUACAUGGAGACACACGCGCUGUAUGGGCCCUUGCAUCACGUGCUGACGGCGUGUCGUGCCAAGCGUGUGACAGUGACGCUGGCGGACGCGCUGGUCCUGGGGCGGCAAGUGGCCAGUGGGCUGGAAUAUCUGGCGCGGCGCGAGCUCGUUUACCUGGGCCUGAGCUUGGAGACGUGUAGUUUGGGGCAAGGCAAUUUGAUCAUGCUCUCAGAUUUUAGCAGUGCGCAGCCCUAUGAUCGGGGCACGCGCCACCAUGUGCUUCGCGAGCGUUUGCGGUUGAAUAUGCGGUUUCUGGCCCCAGAGACGUUUAAUCAGGAGAAGAAGUGUUUUAGCGAGGCCAGCGAUGUCUGGGCGCUGGGGGUAUUGGUGUGGCAGUUGAUUGCGGGCCGCUCGCCUUACUCGGAACUUCACGUGCAGGAGCUGCAGGAGCAGGUUGCGCGAGGUACGCGGCCAGGACAGCCACGGGGAUGCCCGAGUGAGGUGUAUCGUUUGCUACACCACUGUUGGACGGGCGACGCGGCAUUGCGUCCCCGGGCGGCGGCUGUGGAGGAGGCGCUGGGCCGCUUUGUCAACCAGUUUGGAGGCACGGGCGUGGGCUUGGGUGAACGUCUGCACCCCACGCUCAACGCCGUGCGCCUGGGCGAGGAGCGCCAGGCUUUGGAUGCGUUUGUGGCCAACUACCACGAGCUGCAAGAGCUGCAGAUUCAGCAACGCGAGUCGGUUUACAAUCGCUUUGGCCGGGACUCGAUCUACGACACGGCGUUGGCCAUGGGCGUGCAUCGACGCAACCCGCUGUAUGGCACGCAGGUGCACGACCUGGCCGAGGCGGAGGAGGAAGGUGCGGAGGCCGACGCCUCAUGGGACAUGGACGGCGAGGUUGAGUAUGACCUGGUCAAUGGGGGUGAUGAUGGCGGUGAUGAUGAUGAUGAUGCGUUCUAUUCGGGCACCAACCAUCGCUUACCCACUGUUACGACAGCGGCCUCCUCGCCACCCCUCUUGUCCUCGGCUGUGGGACACGGCACGGGCUCCUUUUGGAUGCAAAAGGAAUUUGAGUUUUAA